GAAGCACAAGUGACAGCUGCUACAAUCCUAUAUUUCAUCUCCUUCAUCGAGUUCACAGAAGAACAGAUCCAACACUCUUCUCUUCCGAUUUCAAAACCUCCAAAAAUGUCAUCAACCCAGCAACCAUCAUCAUCAAAAAAGCAAACCCUUUUCAUAUCUUCACUCAUAAUCCUAUGGUACUCCUCAAACAUCGGAGUCCUCCUCUUGAACAAAUACUUGCUUUCCAACAACGGUUUCAGAUUCCCAAUUUUCUUAACAAUGUGCCACAUGUCGGCUUGUGCUUUCUUCAGCUACAUCUCCAUCGUCUUCAUCAAGCUCGUUCCUCUCCAGCCGAUCAAAUCCAGGACUCAGUUCCUAAAGAUUGCAACUUUGAGUGUCGUCUUUUGUUGUUCGGUCGUCGGUGGCAACGUUUCUUUGAGGUACCUACCGGUUUCAUUCAACCAGGCCGUCGGUGCCACGACGCCGUUUUUCACUGCCUUGUUUGCGUACUUGAUGACUUUCAAGAGGGAGGCUUGGGUUACUUACGGUGCUCUUGUGCCUGUUGUUGCUGGGGUUGUCAUUGCCAGUGGGGGUGAACCGGGUUUUCACUGGUUUGGAUUCAUAAUGUGCAUAAGUGCAACUGCUGCAAGGGCCUUCAAAUCAGUUCUUCAGGGGAUUCUGCUUUCUUCAGAAGGGGAAAAGCUGAACUCGAUGAAUUUGCUACUCUACAUGUCCCCGAUUGCCGUUCUAGUUUUAGUGCCUGCCGCACUUGUAAUGGAACCAAAUGUUGUAGAAGUUACAAUAUCACUUGGAAGACAGCAUAGAUACAUGUGGCUGCUGCUUCUCAUUAACUCAACACUCGCAUAUUCGGCUAAUUUGUCGAAUUUCUUGGUGACUAAACACACAAGUGCAUUAACACUCCAGGUAUUAGGCAAUGCAAAAGGAGCAGUGGCUGUUGUUAUCUCGAUACUUUUGUUCCGAAAUCCCGUCACAGUUGUUGGCAUUGCUGGUUAUACAGUGACCGUCCUCGGUGUCGUUGCUUACGGAGAAGCAAAACGGAGGUUUAGGUAAAUGAUUCGUCAAAAUUUUACCAAGUUCCUUUAUAGUUGGCCGGAAUAUAUUGUAUUUGGAUGAAGAAGAUAGUGAAGUUGAUAGGAAGAGUUUGGGUAAAUUAGUGU